CAUCGUUACUUGUGUCCAGAGAUGCUGCCUGUCCCGCUGAGUUACUCCAGCAUUUCAGUGUCUGCUGCCUGCGUCUCCCCCGCGGCGGCGGAACGGUUGACUGGGCAUCGUGGGGCAGCGCGGACACUCUGCUCCGCCGCUCCUCUGCUGCCGAUUCCGGUUGUUUACAGUCCCCUGUUUGGCGACUCUCGAUCUAAUUGAAGGAGAAUGUUUAUGGUUUGAAGUUGUCCUCGCGUCGGAGGAGGAGGAGGAGGAUGAAGCGGAACAAGUGCGGGCGGUUCGUGUCCUCGGCCGUGGCGCAGAAGAUGGAGCGGCUGUCGGAGGCCCAGCGGCAGCGCUGGCUCCGCGCCCGGCGGCCCCGGCCCACGGGGGAGGCAGAGGCAGAGCCGCCGGUCACAGGCCGGGCCCCGACAGCUGCAUCUCUUAUUAUGACCACCAGCUACUGCCGUCUAUGCCAUGGAAAGUUUUCCUCCAGGAGCCUUCGUAAUGUUUUUGCAAAAGUUCCUCUGAUUGAGACGAGUCCAGAGAGGCAGCGCAGAGCACAACAGACUUUCUGUGGUGAUUUCCAGAAGCUAGUUGGUGUUGUUGUGAGGCAGGAUUCCACUUUGCCACAGUAUAUCUGUAGGAACUGUCACGCUCAAUUUUAUAAGUGUUGGACUAUCUUGAAAAACUUCAUUCAAAAAGUGAAUACUUCACCAGUAGCUGCAGUACAACAUGGACAAAAGGCUAGCAGAUGUGUUGCAGCAACUGAAACAUCAUCAGUGCAAUCACUUUCACAAUCUCCGUUAAGCAAUUCUGUGUCUGGUGACUUUAAGCAGAUGCUAAACGACGGUGUCCUAGUUGCAAGCCCACAGGGUCUACAGAUUUUGGUCACCUGGGCUCACCAUCAUGGUAGUAGCUGUGGUUCUCAGCCACAUGUACAGAGUGUUUUAACAGCAGAGUAUCGAGGAGUAGUCGGUGCUGUGUGGGGGUGUCCAGAGGGCCACAGUUACAUCCUGGACAUGCAUUCAAGUCGCAGCGUUGUUUUGAAUGAGGGACAGUGCCCAUCCAGUAGAAAUAAGGACUCAAUGGAGGAAGUUCUGGAUGGUUCAAUAACACUUUCACCUCGGAAUGGAACAGUGACUGAAAAUGGUGAGGGUGACAAUGUUGUAAAGCAUCAACCUGUCCCAGUGUUAGCAGACUUUCAGCCUUGUAUAUACAGUGGAGCCACUUCGCGGUCAGUGGAUGUGGACAACCCAGAAUCUCUAUUGAAGAAGGAUAUGUUCUUGCGCUCAGAUCCUGAAUAUACAGAGUGCUCUUGGGAAAAAGUUCAGGUACAAGAUGCAACUCAACCAUUAAAUGUGAAAAAACCAGUGAACUGCAAUGAAGCAUCUUGUUCUGUAAGAAAUGAUGUUGUGGAUGGAUUGGAGUCCAGUGAUCUUUCUGAAAGGUAUUUAUCAAGUGAAGAUGACAGAGAAAUAAAAGUUAAGAAUGGCUCUUCAGAUGAGUCUUUUCAACCAUAUUGGAAAAAGAAGAGUAAGUUACCAGUUAAGAAGUGCAAUAUUAAGGAUGUGAAGAAACAAUCUGGACAAAAACGUGGCCGGAAACCAAAGUCAAACUUGGAAAGGGAAGAUUUCCCCACCAUGUAUCGAUGUCAGUAUAAGGGUUGCUGUGCUGUUUACAGAGGAGUUGACGGACUUAAGAAACACAUAAAAGAGCAGCAUGAAGAGGUGCGUGAAAGACCUUGCCCCCACCCAGGAUGUAACAAGGUGUUUCUGAUUGAUCGCUACCUGCAGCGCCAUGUAAAGCUGAUCCAUACAGAGGAAAGAAAUUACAUUUGUGAUGAAUGUGGACAGACUUUCAAACAGCGGAAACACCUGUCGGUUCACCAAAUGCGCCAUACUGGAGCAAAACCUUUACAGUGUGAAGUUUGUGGUUUCCAAUGCAGGCAAAGAGCAUCCUUGAAAUACCAUAUGACCAAGCACAAGGCCGAAGCUGAACUUGAAUUUGCUUGUGACCAAUGUGAGAAGCGGUUCGAGAAGGCUCACAAUUUGAAUGUUCAUAUGUCCAUGGUUCAUCCCUUGACCCAGAAUACAGAUAAAAACAAACCUAUUGAAAUUGAAUCAAGUCGGCUAAGUAUAGAAACGUUAAUUAAGCAGGAACCCAGUUAAUAGUUAAUCAACAGCUAAACGAUGAGAAUCUUGCACCCUUUUUCAGUGUCAGCAAGACACAACGGAUUAACACGAAUAAAUACAAUCUUGGGCAAUGUUUAAUUUCAAAAGAUUAUAGACAUCUAGUUUUAGGUUUAUUAUUGUCAGAUGUACUGAGGUACUUUAAAAAGCUUUGUUUUGCAUGCUAUCCAAUCAAAUCAGAUACUACUGUUCAUAUAUGCAAUCAAGCCAGGCUCACCUAGAAUAGGUAGAGCAGAGGUUAGUGUGGAGAAUAUAGUUCUGAACAUCAUAGCACACCAGUUCCAGAGGUGAAUCAGGCAGAACCCUAGCAAUUGGAAGGACUAUUCGGAACUCUGAUAACAGAGGGGAAGAAGCUGCUCCUGAGUGCGGUGGUGCACGUAUUCAAGCUUCUGUAUUUUCUGCCUGAUGUGAGAGGAGAGAAAGAGGAAUGACUGGGGUGGGAAAGGUCCUUGAUUAUGUUGGCUGCUUUCCCAAGGCAGCGUGAAAUGUAGAUGAAGUUUAGUCUGUGUGAGGGACUGGCCUACAUUUGCAACUCUGCAAUUUCUUACAAUCUCGGGCUGAGCUAUUCCCAAACCAAAUUGUGAUCCAACAAUAUGCUUUCAAUGGCGCCUCUGUAGAAGUCUGUAAGAGUUAUUGGAAACAUGCUGAAUUUCUUCUGUCUCCUGAGGAAGUAGAGGUACUGGUCUGCUUUCUUGGCUGUUGCUUCAAUGUGGUUGGUCCUCAGCAAAUUAUUAGUAAUAUUAAUGCCAUGGAACUUGAACCUCUAAAGCAUUAUCACUUUGAAACCAUUGAUGCUGAUUGGGGCAUGUACUCCACUACGCUGCCUGAAGCUCCUUUGUCUUGCUGACAUUGAGAGGUUGUUGGCCUGACAUUGUUACCAACUUCUGUAUCUCUGUCCUGUACUCUGUUGUUAUUGUUUGUGAUCCAGCCACCACAGUGCUGUCAUCCGCAAACAUGUAGAUGGAGUUAGAGGUGAAUUCAGCUGCACAGUGUAUUGGGGGUAUAGUAGGGGACCGAGAAUACAUUCUUGUGCUGCACCAGUGUUGAUCAUUAUUGGUGAUGAUGUGUUGUUCUGUACCUUCACUGAGGUUUGCGGGUCAGAAAAUCAUGAAUCCAGUGACUGAUGGGUGCACUGACUCCUAGGUCCGGGAGCUUGGAUGGGAUUCUGGUGUUGAAGGGGAAGCUGUGGUCGAAAAGUAGGAAUCCUUGUUGUCUAGGUAUUCCUGACAUGAGUUUCGGGCCAGGGAGAUAGUGUGGCAGCUUCACGCCCACGUUGGUUUUGUAUACAGCCUGUCACUGCUGGCGACUCGCCAGUAGCCUCAAGUGCUCAAUAACAACUCUAAGGUCAGCCGCACUAAUUGACCUUAUCUACACACGGGUUAUCAUUGAGGAGAAUGUAGGUAAAAGGGGCUUCUGGAAUAAACGAGACACAAGGUGUUUGGCUCAGCUAAGUGUUGUCUGUUCUUUGCUUUCUGUCGUGGGAUUCAGUCGAUUCUGCAGUAGCGUCUCUUGUGGAUAUGUUACAAUGGCAGGCAAACUGCAGUGGAUCAAGGAGGCUGGAGUUAAUGUGCACCAUUACUGUUCUCGAAGCACUUCAUGAUGGUGGAUGGUGAUGAGUCAUCAAGGCACGCUAUUUUUCUUUGGCACCGGGAUGUUAGUGGUCUUCUGGAAGUAGAUGGAACCUCAGGAUGUAGUAGUGAGAGUUAAAGAUGUUUGUGAAUACCUCUGCCAGCUAAUCCACACAGGUCCCGAGGACGUGUCCAGCAACUCCAUCCAGGCCAGAUGCAUUUUGCAGAUUCACUCUCAGGGAGGCAAAUCUUGUGUUUGCCACAUUAGCAUUGGUACAGUGCACCUGAGACUGGCGUGGCAGGUGGCGUUCAUCCACUCACCUUCUCUUGUUCCAAAUAGCUCACUAUUUUAAAAAGUGCCAAAAUACUUGUAGCACGCUAGAAGCUCAACUUAUGAAACUUGGAGAGAUAUGUUGAUUUCUAGCCUUGUGCAGCCUGUACAAAUUGUUAAGCAUUGAACGGAGGCCAUUAUCGGUACUUCUGUUCACGUGGUAUAGGUUUUUAUUGUGGUACGGCUUUGAAUAGGAGUUUGGGUGAUUCACUCCUCAUGCCCUUCAAUGAAUGCAAUUUAACUUUAAA